AUGGAAAUUUUAAAUGGUAUUAAUGCAGCAAUAAGGGAGUACAUUGAUUCGUUGCCUAUUGUGGAUAUUAAUGUUAUCACGGACAUCAUAUAUGCAGGACAGUGCACUUAUGAGAACCUUACCAAGAGGGAUAGUAUUAAAAGUAAUUGGGAAGACAACAUGAAAGGCAAACUUACCAAACUUAAAGAGCAACUUGAGCAAAUUCGAAUGGCUAGUCAAAUGAAAGGGAAGAAUCAGUUUGACGAAGAUACACGCAAUACCUUUUGUGCUUAUGGGUUUAAGAAGUCAAAGAAGGGAGAAUUCGAAAGAGUUAUUUCCGUUGUGUGUGACCAAAUCAAGAUUAUUGAGAAAAAGUUGAGAAUUUAUGAAUCGAGAAAAGGAUUUAGAAAGGCAAAUUGGUGUUUCGAACUUAAUAGAAGGCGAUUCUAUAGAAAUAUUAGUGGAGAUAACAAGAAGGGGAUGAUUAAUUUCGACGAAGAUGAGUGCCUUUCUUUUUGGACUAGUAUUUUGGAUAAGGUUGAGCGAAGGGAGAAGAAUUUUCUGGGUAGCAAAAAAGUAACUGGAUCUGAGAAUUCUUAUGCUAAUUUUACGGAAGAGGCAAUUAUUGAUACUAUCAAGAUGCUUCCAAAUUGGAAAGCGUCUGGUUGUGAUGGAGUGUACAACUUUUUUAUCAAAAACUUUACUUCAAUCCAUGAACACCCUUGUGCCGAAAUUCAAAAGAUUAUUAAUGAUGAAUAUUUACCUGAGGAGUGGUUUUACACUGGGGUGACCUAUCUCAUUCCAAAAGUGGAUGUAUGUAAUUCCCCAAAGGAUUUAAGGCUGAUCACGUGCAUGCUGAAUCUAUAUAAAUUAUUGACAAAAUGUGUGAACAGGAAAUUGUCAGAAUAUGUUGAUUCAUAUGAUUUAAUAACUGAAAAUCAGCUGGGAACAAGGAGAAUGUGUCAAGGGGCAAAAGAACAAGCUAUUGUCAUUCAAUGUUUAAAUCAAAAAAAUGGAAACAAUUUAUGUUCUACGUGGAUUGAUGUUAAAAAAGCCUUUGAUUCGGUCGAUCAUGAAUUUUUGGGCCAAGUAUUGCAAAAUUCUGGUCUCCCCUUCUGGAUUAUUAGAUUUAUUAAUAAUCUUAUCACAAAAUGGAAGAUAAGGCUUAACUUAAACAAUAAUACUCUGGGAGAAAUUAAAAUAAAGCGAGGAAUUCUACAGGGAGAUUCUCUUUCACCGCAGAUCUUUGGUUUGUUAAUGGACCCUCUAAGUCGAUUGCUGAAUGGAAAGUUUCCGAAAAUAACGAUGGGGACUCCAGGAAAUGGGGAACCCACUUAUGCAAAUAAUCACCUCCUCUUUAUUGAUGAUAUAAAACUGUUCUCUCACCAUAGUGAUUCUAUGGUUAUGAUGAUGGAAGAAGUGGAUUUGUUUUUUGAUGCAGCUGGGCUGGAGAGAAAUUUUGAGAAAUCCGCAACAAAUGUGAAGUUAUUAUCUGGCAAAGCCCGGUUCCUUGAUGGAUUGGAUGGAUAUCAAUAUUUGGGAGUCCUUGAGGAUAAGAACAGUAAUGUCCUUAAAGAAGAAAUUAUGAAUAAAAUCAAUAAAGAAGUAUCUACGAGUAUUGAAAAUUUGACAAAAACUGAUUUAAACUCAGUUAACCUGUUUAAAGGGAUAAAUGAAUAUGCACUCUCACUUUAUAACUAUUACAUUGGAUUGACUGAUGUGGAGCCUGGAGAAUUUGAGCAGAUUGAUAAGAAUAUUCGCCGAAUUCUUAUGGACAGACGUAUACAUUUCCAACACACAAACAAAGAAAGAUUGUAUCUACCAAGAAAUAAAUUUGGAAGAGGCCUGGAGUCUGUCAGUAAUAAAGCUGAACGGAUGCUUCUCCAAUUUUAUAAUGACUUAGAACAUAAGACAAAUUACUGCCUGAGAAGAGAAGGAAUUCUACGGGUCAUUAAUUCAAAGAAAACCCACAUGGCCACUAUCGUAGAAUUCAUUUCCAGAAAGUACAACAUUGAGAUUGCAAAGGAUUUGACAAUGUCGACAUUGAUGAAAAUACAGCAUGAAUAUCUGCUUAAAGAAAUUGAAAAGAAGCAGAUUCACUCUAUCUUAUUUAAAUGUCUAAAAGACACGGAAGUAAAUGUUUGUGAAUCUUCUGGAUGGUUGGUUAAUGGAAAUCAUUCCCCCAUGACUGAAGGGAGACUGUGUCUACUUCAGGACCGCAACAUGUUUUUUGAUAAUGGAGAAAAUAAGUGCACGCAUUGUAACUCGGCAAGAAAAACAGUUGAUCACCUUGCAACUAUGUGCGGGAGAAUGCUGAAUAGCUCAUAUCUUAGACGGCAUAACGAAGUAGUCAGAUGUAUUCACUUACAUCUCUGUCGUAAAUAUGGAAUAAGAAAAACUAAGAGACUAAAGACACACUCAGUUCAAUCUGUUGUUAGCAAUGAAUUUGUGGAGAUUCGUGUGGAUACUACGAUUAGUACGGAUACAGCUGUGGCGAAUAACAAACCUGAUAUAUUUGUCCAUGACAAAGUGAGGAAUACAAUCACCCUUAUCGAAGUGGGGGUUACUUCGCAAAAUUGCCUAAAGCAGGUCGAAGUUGAGAAGUUCCACAAAUAUGACUUAUUGGCAAAUGAACUUGAAGCAAUUCAUCACGCAAAAGUAAAAGUAAUAAUCCCUGUUAUAAUGACCUGGGAUGGAAUUGUCUCAAGAUUUUUCAAGGGUCAUCUUGAUGUCCUCAAGCUGGAAGAAAGAGUGAGAGCAUAUAUUCAGACAGUGGUUCUGAGGAAGACAUUGGAGAGCAUGCAGGCUGAAGAGAGGCAUGGUAUAUCGAUACCUAGUGAGGAGAAAGCUGAAACGGAAUGUCAACCAAGGGCAGCCUCAGAAUGUGGAGUGUGCUUCGACGAGAACACACCCAUACGGUCACUGGAUUAUGGGCCCAAAAAGAGAAGAUUAAGCUAA